GGCUCAUCGUGUGAUGUAAUAGGCCACGGUUACACACUGAUUUAUUGCCGAUUUCAGCACCGGAGCUGUCCUCCGAAAACUGACGGACGCUGCUGCCGCGUGAACCGAUGAUGCUGAGGAGCUCGAGCUGCUGAAAUCCUCCCUCUCUCUCUCUCUCUCUCUCUCUUUCUCUCUCUCUCUCUCCCUCUCUCCCCUCUUCUCUCCCUCCUCGCUCCUCUCCUCCACACGCACAAAACGCUCUGUCAUGGCGUCUUCCAACCAUGUUACCCCCACCAACUGUAGCUGGUGGCCCAUCUCAGCCAUGGACGAAGACGGCAAAAUCACAGACGGGGAGGAGUGCGAAGAACCGACGGCAGAGCCCAAACCCUUCAAUAAAGACAGGCUCGUUUUGUACCACUGGACGCAGUCUUUCACCUCCCAAAAGGUACGUCUAGUCAUUAAUGAGAAGGGUCUGGUCUGCGAGGAGAGGGAUGUGAGCUUGCCGCUGCAGGAGCACAAGGAGCCGUGGUUCAUGAGGCUGAACCUGGGCGAGGAGGUGCCCGUCUUCCUCCACGGCGACACCAUCAUCAGUGACUACAACCAGAUUAUAGAUUACCUGGAGAAAAACUUUGUGGGAGACACGGUGGCUCAGCUGGUUCCUGAUGCAGACUCACCUCUCCACGAGCGUGUGCAGCAGUACCGCCAACUACUGGAUGGCCUGCCCAUGGACGCUUACACACACGGCUGCAUCCUCCAUCCAGAGCUCACCACCGACUCUAUGAUCCCAAAGUACGCCACCGCAGAAAUACGUAGACACCUGGCCAACGCUGCGACGGAGCUGAUGAAGUUAGACCAUGAGGAGCCUCAGCUGACAGAACCGUACCUCUCCAAGCAGAAGAAACUCAUGGCGAAAAUCUUGGACCACGAUAAUGUGAACUACCUGAAGAAAAUUCUGGGGGAGUUAGCCAUGGUUCUAGAUCAAGUGGAGGCCGAGCUGGAGAAAAGAAAACUAGAGUAUCAAGGUCAGAAGUGUGAGUUGUGGCUAUGUGGACCUGAAUUUACGCUAGCUGACGUCUGCCUCGGAGCCUUGUUGCACAGGCUCAAGUUCUUGGGACUUUCUAAGAAAUACUGGGAGGACGGCAGCCGACCCAACCUGCAGUCCUUUUUUGUGCGUGUGCAAAAACGCUACGCUUUCCGCAAGGUCUUGGGCGACAUCCACACGACCCUUCUGUCGGCGGUCCUACCCAACGCCUUCCGGAUGGUAAAAAAGAAGCCGCCGUCCUUCUUCGGGGCCUCUUUUCUCAUGGGCUCGCUGGGAGGGAUGGGCUACUUUGCCUACUGGUAUUUAAAAAAGAAAUACAUGUAGUGA